CUUGCCCAAACGGGAAUUCCGGACCGGGCACUACCGCCAGAUCCAGGCUCUAUCGUCAAGUUCUGAAGUCAAGCUUGCAGAGACUGUUCACGUUGCUCGACAUCCUAAGUACUGCCUGCUAACGCCUCUUCUCGCCAUAACAUAUACUGCACUCAUGUCUAAGGCAGAUCUUGAAACAUACCAAGUCCAACUCUCCCAAGUUGAUACUGCUCUCGAAGCCGAUCCAUCUAACGCCGAACUUGCAUCGCUCCGUUCUGAACUGAAAGAGCUCAUCGCACUCACUCAAACUGCUAUCGCUCAGCAAGAAGCUGCUGCAUCGUCAUCUAAAGCAGAAGCCUCACGAAAGGCUGCUGCUUCUUCCAGCACCGCGAAAGUAUGGGGAGCCGGAGACGAUUGUCUUGCUAGAUACUCUGGAGAUGGCCAGUGGUAUCCUGCUCGUAUCGCAUCCGUCGGUGGCUCAGCAGAUAACCGAGUCUAUAGCGUGGUUUUCAAAGGUUACAACAGUACGGAACUUCUGAACUCCUCUCAGAUCAAGGCAAUGCCUGCGGGCUACCAGGCACCUGUACCGCCGUCGCAUAAGCGGAAACUGUCGAAAGCUGAGGAGGAAGAGAGGGAGAAAAAGAAAAAGAAGAACGAGAAGAAGCUUGAGGUGAAGGCGGCGAAAGCCAAGGAGCAGAUGGCAAAACAGCAGACUUGGCAGAAGUUUGCUAAGAAGUCGGAGAAGAAGGGCAUUCAUAUUGCGGGAGUGUCUGGGACGAGUAUCUUCAAGACGCCUGAGAAUCCACUUGGGAGAGUUGGCGUCACAGGUAGUGGGAAGGGAAUGACUGAAGUCGCGCCUCGAGGGAAGCAUAAGUUCGAACUUACGGAGGAUGCCAACCCUUGACCGGAGUAGGAUCAUCCAUAUACAUCUUCAAUCUGUAUUUUUUUGGCUGUAAUUGAUAACAUAUACCUGAUGCAAUACCACAGGUGGAACGCAUGCACCGCCCGUACUUACCGGGCACAUUGUGUCCACAAGAGGACAUUUUAAAGCUAAGCCAUAUGUGAUUCCUGAUUCGUGUCGGAUGAGAACCUCAAUUGUGCUUUCAACGAUUAGUCUCUAGACUCAUAGACUCUGCAAGCUGUUGCGGGUCAAUUUCUUGACUGUGCAGUCGGCGCAUGGUCGCUCGUAGUGUUGGCGGUACUG